AAAACAUCACGGACUAUAAUUCGAACUCCAAGCAAAUGGUCGAUAAGGCAAAAUGUGGAACAGCCCCCACCAGAAAGGCCAGUUGCUCCACUAGCAGCACCAUCCACAUUCAACUUCAAAGCACCCCCAUCAGGAGAAUACCAUUUCGCCCACAAGGAUUGUUCAACACAACAAAACCUAGACUCCACUUUCAAAGCAGCCAGCACCUCCUUUCCUCUCACAUCAUCUGGGCUUUUGGGUCUCAUAGCAACAGCUUGA